GGAACCUGUUCGGCCAGUUUUGCUGGUAAAAUAGCCAGGGUUUGCUUGGAAGCCAGAAUAGGGAACCCAGAGAGGGAGCAACGGAAGAAGGCUUUUUCAGAGUUUUCUGGUAAUUUUAUCCCAUGGAGGGAGGCACCAAGGCAGCCACUGGGAGGUUUCCUUCCACCAAUUAAGUGCAUUGUUAGACAGGGAGGGGCAGAUGAACAAAUGCCUAUAAUUUUGAUCAUUGUUUCCUGCAAAACACAUCAGGCUUUGAAUGUGAAGCCGUCACCCACUGCUGCUGCUACCUCAGGCCCUGAGUGAGGUUUCUGCUUACAGCAAAGACAGAUGGCCCUGGACAAAAUCCCCGAACUCCCCUUCCCUGCACAGGUGUCCUUCACGAACCAUUUCAGGCAACCGCUGAAGUCUGUGUCUGACAGGUAGCAUUGGGCACCAGGCAGGUGGGGUUAGGGUUUCCAUGGAGAUCCAUGAUGUCAUGCUCCAGAGAGCGUGUCCAGACAGCAGAGCUCACCAGGAGCUACUCCAAAAGUCCCAUAGGCUACCAGUAGCUUGUAUGCAAAUGACGAGAGUUUCACUGGGGAGAGGGGGAAAAAACUGUGAAGGAAAACAGCAGCAGAGCAGCGACAUGGAACAGAACGGAGAGGUUUACCUGAGAGCCAGGAAGGAAGGAAGGAAGGAUGGCCCCCUCCUCAGAAACUUCCAGAAGAUGAAUUAGAUCUGCUGCCUGCCCACCAGGUCGGCCCAUCACCUGUGGCACCAGGUUCCAGACGAGAAGCCCCAAGCUGUCUCACAGCCCUCAGCCUCUCAGCUCAGACCCGGUGGAGCACCUGUCGGAGGCAUCGGGUGACUCCUUGGAAGUCAUGUCUGAGGGCGACGCUCCAAGCCCCUUCUCCCGAGGCAGCCGGACUCGAGCCAGCCUCCCCGUGGUGCGUUCCACCAACCAGACCAAGGAGAGGUCUCUGGGGGUCCUCUAUCUGCAGUACGGAGAUGAAACCAAGCAGCUCAGGAUGCCGAACGAGAUCACCAGCGCGGACACGAUCCGCGCCCUCUUCGUAAGUGCCUUUCCACAGCAGCUCACCAUGAAGAUGUUGGAGUCCCCCAGCGUGGCCAUCUACAUCAGAGAUGAGAGCCGCAACAUCUAUUAUGAGCUGAAUGAUGUCAGGAAUAUUCAGGACCGAUCGCUCCUCAAGGUGUACAACAAAGACCCCGCCCACGCGUUCAAUCACACGCUGAAAGCCAUGAACGGAGACGCCAGGAUGCAGAGAGAAAUCGCUUAUGCCAGAGGAGACGUCGCUGGAUCCCGACCCGGAUCAGCCGCUCAUACUCCCCUCGCCAUCCCGAGCUCUCCACCAUCCACACCUGUGCCCCACUCCAUGCCUCCCUCCCCAUCCAGGAUCCCGUAUGGGGGCUCCCGGCCCAUGGCGAUGCCUGGCAACGCCACCAUCCCCAGGGACAGACUGUCCAGCCUGCCCGUGUCCAGAUCCAUGUCGCCCAGCCCAAGCGCCAUCCUAGAGAGGAGAGACGUCAAGCCCGAUGAGGACAUGGCAGGCAAGAACAUGGCCCUGUACAGGAACGAGGGUUUCUACGCGGACCCCUACCUCUAUCACGAGGGCCGCGUGAGUAUAGCCUCUUCACACGGAGGCUACCCACUGGAUGUCCCCGAUCACACCAUCGCCUACCACCGCACAGCCGUCCGCUCGGCCAGUGCCUACUGCAGCCCCUCCAUGCAAGCCGAGAUGCAUCUGGAGCAGUCGCUGUAUAGGCAGAAGUCCCGGAAAUACCCCGACAGCCAUCUGCCCACACUGGGCUCCAAGACGCCGCCCACCUCCCCGCACCGGGUAGUGGGUGACCUACGCAUGCUGGACCUGCACGGGCACGGUGCCCAUGGGCCCCCACUGGCUUUGCAGCCUGACCGCGCCUCACCCAGCCGCCAGUCCUUCAAGAAAGAACCGGGCACUUUGGUGUACCUUGAAAAGCCACGGAACCUUCCCGGCUUCAUGGACCUCGGGCCACCCCUGGUGGAGAAGCAAGUUUUCGCCUACAGCACGGCUACGAUCCCCAAAGACAGAGAGACCAGAGAGAGGAUGCAAGCUAUGGAGAAGCAGAUUGCCAGCCUCACGGGGCUUGUUCAGUCUGCGCUGUUCAAAGGGGCCAUUCCAAGUAAUAGCAAAGAUGCCUCUAGUGAGAAAAUGGUGAAGACAGCAGCCAGCAGGAGCCACACUGAUGGUGCAGGCACGCCCCAUGUUCCCGGCGGGAAGACCCAGGAGUCCGCCAUGCUGCCUGGCCAGCCUGCACCGCCCGGCACCUCAGCCAUUCAUCUGAGCCUGCUGGAGAUGCGGCGUAGCGUGGCCGAGCUCAGGCUCCAACUCCAGCAGAUGCGACAGCUACAGCUGCAGAACCAGGAGAUGCUUCGGGCCAUGAUGGAAAAGGUGGAGCUGGAAAUCAGCAGCAAAGUCGUGGAGACCAUGAGGCGCCUGGAGGACCCGGUGCAGCGACAGCGCACCCUGGUGGAGCAAGAGAGGCAGAAGUAUCUACGCGAGGAGGAGAGGAUCGGCAAGAAGCUGGGCGAGCUGGAGGAGUUUGUGGAAGACCUGAAGAAGGACUCCACGUGCACAAGCCGUGUGGUCACCCUGAAAGACGUGGAGGACGGGGCCUUCCUCCUGCGACAAGUAGGGGAGGCUGUGGCUACCCUGAAAGGGGAGUUCCCCACCCUGCAGAACAAGAUGCGCGCCGUCCUGCGCAUCGAGGUGGAGGCCGUGCGCUUCCUGAAGGAGGAGCCACACAAGCUGGACGGGCUGUUGAAGCGGGUGCGGAGCCUCACGGACGUGCUGACCAUGCUGCGCAGACACGUCACAGAGGGGCUCCUGAAGGGCGCUGAUGCCUCCCAAGCCGCUCACUACGUGGCCAUGGAAAAGGCCACGGCGGCAGAAGUCCUGAAGAGCCAAGAGGAGGCCCCCAGCCCCAGCAGCGUGAAGCCAGAUGUGGUGCCCCUGAUGGUCCACCAGGCACAGAGCUCACCCGUGCUCCUGCAGCCCUCACAGCACUCGCUGGCCCUGCCCAAUCCUGGCCAGGCAGUGCCUAUACCCGCGGGGACGGCAGCUGCCACGCAGGAAGGAGGCCCCAUGCCACAGUCCCCACAGGCGCCUGUGAGUGGCGCUACCAUGCAAAGCCUGCUCAUGGAGGACCUGCAUGGUGUGGGUGCCAAGAGCAGGGCCAUGUCCAUCGAGAAAGCAGAAAGGAAAUGGGAAGAGAGGAGGCAAAACCUGGACCACUAUGAUGGCAAAGAGUUCGAGAAGCUGCUGGAAGAAGCUCAGGCCAACAUCAUGAAAUCCAUUCCGAACCUGGAGAUGCCACCAGCUCCAGGCCCACCACCCAAGGGAGACGGCACGCUGGACAAGCUGGAACUCUCAGAAGAUUCGCCAAAUUCAGACCAGGACUUGGACAAGCUGGGGGGACGGUCCCCGCCUCCUCCUCCCCCACCCCCGCGGCGAAGCUACCUGCCGGGAUCUGGGCUCACCACCACGAGGUCGGGAGAUGUGGUCUACACCAGCAGGAAGGAGAGUGCCACAGCCAAGGCAAGCAGUGAGGACACUGGACCAAGCGCCCAGCCCAGAGCCACCAAGUGUCCACCAGAGGAGCCCACAUCAGCCUGGACACAGUCCUCACCAGCAGUCACUGCCUCCUCCAAGGAUGAGGAGGAAGAAGAAGAAGGAAACAAAAUCAUGGCUGAGCUGCAGGCUUUCCAGAAGUGUUCCUUUACGGAUGUAAACUCAAACAGUUACGCUGAUCAGCCCCGGGCUGACCCUAGGCCGGGCACCUCAGUCCCAGCCAAGGAGAAAAAGAACUCGGACUUUUCUCGCGAAGAUGCACGGAAAUCUGAGGUUGUCAACGAACCCUGCCCCCAAGUGGCGUCACAAAAGGUUACGCCAGGGGCCCUAAGACCCAGUGACACCCCCAGGUGGGAGAAUAAUGUGUAUGAGGCAUCCAGAACUGCCCAGUACAAAACAGUAAUCUUAGGGCAGGAGGAUUCCCGGCCCAGUGAGACCAGAGACUGUGGGCCUGAGACAAGUCCCAGCUCGUCCAGCAUGAGCUCCCUGGAAGACGAAAGACCCAGUGGGCCACAGCCCCCAGGGCUGCAGCUCCCUGUGCCAGGCAUGGAAUCUCAGAAGCUGAAUUCUGCAGAGAUCGAGGAGAAAGAUCAAGAAAGGGUAGAGCACACGGGGAGGGCUCCCACUGCUUCUCCGGCCCCAGCACUGGAGCCGGGCCAACCGCAGGAUACAGAGGUUCCCCUGACAGGUGUGAGCCAAGUUGUCCUGAGACCCAAGGGGGCCCGGCAUGCAAACGCAACCCCCACUGAGGACGGGGACUCCACCCUGAGCUCCCCUGCUGAGGACAACAUCGCCUUCAUGAUCACCAAGACGGCCGUGCAGGUGUUGUCCAGUGGCGAAGUGCGCGACAUCGUGAGCCGCAAGGGGGAGGAGGUGCAGACAGUAAAUGUGGAUGCAAGAAAGGAGCCGGCGUCGCCGCAGGAUGGGCCGGGGCCCGAGGAGCCCGUCCUGUGCCUGGACAAAAAGCCAGUGAUCAUCAUCUUCGAUGAGCCCAUGGACAUCCGCUCUGCCUAUAAGAGGCUUUCCACCAUUUUUGAGGAAUGUGAUGAGGAGCUGGAGAGAAUGAUGACUGAGGAGAAGAUAGAGGAAGAGGAAGAGGAGGAGGAGAACGGGGACCCUACGGUCCAGAAUAGCAACACUCCAGUGUCUGCCACCAAGGUGGCCUCGGGCAGUGUGGGAACCAGACAAGCAUCCGAGAUCAGACUGCAGCCACUGUCACCUCAGGUGGCAGAGAACAGGAGUCCAGGAAGCCUAGAAAGAAAGAAUUCUGAACUGAGCAAGUUGAGUCCGGGAGACGCCCCACCCUCCGAUGGCAGGUGUGAUACAGCUGAUGAUCAGUUUGAAAGUCCCAAGAAAAAGUUCAAAUUCAAGUUCCCCAAGAAGCAACUGGCUGCUCUCACGCAGGCCAUCCGCACGGGCACCAAGACAGGGAAGAAGACACUGCAGGUGGUAGUGUAUGAGGAGGAGGAGGAGGAGGAUGGCACGCUGAAACAGCACAAGGAGGCCAGGCGCUUCGAGAUCACCAGUUCACAGCCGCCGGAGGAUACCCCCCGGAGCCCGGCCCAUGGCCUCGAGGGCACAUCCCAAGCUUCCAGAACCGAUGAGAUCCGGAAAAACACCUACAAGACCCUGGACAGCCUGGAGCAGACAAUCAAGCAACUGGAAAGCACCAUCAGCGAGAUGAGCCCCAGGGCCCUGGCUGACUCCCGUCCUCCCACCAGGGACUGCAGUGCCAGCUCCCCCCACGGGGCUCCCGAACCCCCUCCCUGCACCCUGCUAGCGAGGGAUGAUGCGCCCACUGCCCCAGAGCCCCCCACGCCUGUACCGCCACCUUCACGUAAGGGCUCUGGCGGGACCCCACCAACCAGCAGGAUGCCGGUGCCCAUGACUUCCAAACACAGACCAGGGAGCCUGGACAAGGCCAGCAAGCCGUCCAAACUGCAGGACCCACGCCAGUACCGCCAGGCUAACGGAAGCGCUAAGAAAGCUGGUGGGGACUUUAAGCCCACCUCCCCUUCCCUACCUGCUUCUAAGAUUCCAGCCCUUUCUCCCAGCUCGGGGAAAAGCAGUUCUGUACCUUCCGCUAGUGGUGACAGCCCUCACCUUCCCCACGCGCCUGCCACUAAACCAACGGUUGCUUCUAACCCUCUCAGCCCCUCCACAGCACGGCCCACUCCCUCUGCCUCCCUCAUCCCUUCUGUCUCUAAUGGCUCCUCCAAGUUCCAGAACCCCACUCACACAGGGAAAGGCCACCACCUCUCCUUCGCACUGCAGACUCCCAACGGCCGGGCCGCCCUGCCCCCCUCCUCCUCCUCCUCCUCCGCCUCCACGCCUCCCUCCCCCGCCUCCCCCACUACCACCCUGAGUCAAGGUGCCAAGGGUGCCAGGACCCUGCACACUCCUGGCCUCGCCAGCUACAAGGCACAGAAUGGAAGUUCCAGCAAGACCACACCCAUCGCGGCCAAGGAAACCUCUUAAAUCCCCUUAGGCUUCAGCUGGAGUUCCCCUUGCAAACAAUUGUUUUGGUUUUGGCUUUUUGGUUUUGUUUUGUUUUUUAACAGUCUAUAACAGUUGUUUCCACAAGAGAAUGUUGUUUGAGACUUACUGCUAAGUCUGUGCUAAAUGCCAGUUUAUGGAUUUCAGUCAAAUUUGUGUUGUACCUUCUUAUUUGCCAUUGUAUUUUCAGAGUGGUCACUGUCCUUACCCAACGCCUAUUACAUGAAGUAAGCAUGUGUUUGCUGCAGGGGUAGGAUGAGAAAGAAGAGUGUGUGUGUGUCUGUGUGUGUGAGAGAGAUUGAGAGAGAGAGAGACAAGAGAGAGACAGAGGGAAAGCUGUCCCAAGCAUGUAAAACAUGUAUGAUUCCAGAAUUUUAGUAUGUUUUGUAUAAAACUAUUUUUCACUACGGAGACUAGAAGUGAUCAGAGAAAUAUACCCAAGGAUGACUAUAAAAAUUGUAAAACAGAUUCUAUAAUAUUUCCUUUUAUUUUAGUGUUAUUUAGCUUUAUUACAGAUUUCUAUUUUUGUCAAAACUUCACAGUUCCUUUCGAGAUCUCUUUUGCCAAAAAACAUUUUGAUACUGGAGCACUGUACAUUUCACAGAAGUGUGAGCUAGAACUCUAAGCCAAUGAACUACUACACGAGGCGAUUUCUCCAACCUAUUGCACUGCCAUGGGAAGUGUGUAGAAUCAUUUGCUAGCCCCAGGCAAGCUGGGUUGGCUUGGCUAGGCUUUCUUCUUGGGCAAUCUGUUCCUUCCUUUUUAUUGCCUUUGCUGCUGCUGUUAGCAUAUUGAGAUUCUUCUCUCAUCAUUUCUUUCGCAGUCUGUGACCUCUUCCUUGGUUUUUUGACAUUGAGCAACACACAUUCACGCAUUGUGGCUUUUAAAAUAUACACUUCUGUAUGGCUCUAUAAACUUGAUCAAUGUCUGUAAAUAUAUAAAUAGGAUGAGACAUCAGAAAUACCCUAUGUAAUUGCACAGUAGAUUUCCCACACCAAAGUUAAUUUGUAUGCAUGCUUUGAAAGGCUCUGUUGCGACGGGCAGAAAUGAGAAUGAUCUGGACUUGGUUUUUUCAGUUUGUUUUUUGUUGUUGUUGUUGUUGUUUUUUUUAAGCAACAAGUUUGCACAAGCUAGAGUGUUUUUGUAAAUAAAUGAAUUUGUAUAACACAGUCAUGUAACAUACCAAGCUGUAAGCAGAGACUCUGCAAAAAGUAAAUAAAAGGGCUGCAUGCUUA